CGUGCACAGUGCUGCCCCUGACAGAGUCGGGCCUUCUCUACAUAACGUGAGAAAGUGUGUUCAUUGAUGACAAAGCUGAGGAAAACUAUUUCCAGAUAUGUGUUCAGUUAAAAACCACCAGUACGUCUUCUUAUCUCAAUGUCUCAGUUUUGCUCACAGCCUCUUUGCAUCACUAAACUGGUGGCAUCAGGGAACCAGUCAGGGAGCAUUUGACGGGUUUAGAGAACAUUGUUUUGAAUGUUCAGGAAGUGUAUGAACCACUUCCUGCCGAGGACCCUUCAUUGUGUACGCUGUUAUUGUGUGUUAUGGUGCGUUAACCCGGUGUUUGUGCCUCUUCCUCUGCAGAGUCAUGAAGCUGCUCCUCCUGCUGGCAGUUGCUGCCAGCCAGAUGGAGCUCUCUGCCUCUGAGACUGUUACUCUGAAUGCUCCUGGUGGAAACAUCAACAUCAGCGACGUUCCCAUCACUUUCUAUGGAAAAACCUACACAUGGUUACACGUGAAGAUCGGCAAUAAGGUUGAAGUUUGUUUAAAAAAUGACCCAUCUGAGGACGACAUUGACUGUGUGGUGACCAGCGACGGGGUGGUUUCAACCAAACUGACGUACUCUGUUGAUGUUAUGUCAUUUUCUGCUCGCUCUGAUCUUGUUAACAUCAACACCCAGGGACUGGGUUUGAUUGAUCUCACGUUCUACAAUGGUCAAAGAUUGAAUGUGAUGGAGUUGUCAUUCUUCAAUCAUGGUUUACAAGCUGCUUGCUUUACAUAUCAUCCUGCUGGCCUUCCGUUUUCUUCUAGUUUAGAACUGUCUACAAAAGUCGGUGGCACAGUGAUGGAUACCUGGAAGCCUCCUGCACGACAAUAUACUUUUCGAGACCUGAGUGGAUGCAGAGUCUCAGGUGGCGCUGUAAUGCCGGGUUCAGAGAUGCCCAGCGCAGAGCCCUGCUCUGUUGAACUGUGUUCUCUGUCUGCAGUCCUCUCUAAUGUCACAGCAUGUGAGCCCGAGGAGGUUUGCCAAGCGGACAACACGUGCGCUAUUCCUCCGGUGGUGUGCACGGUGACGGGCUCCACGGUGAUUGGUUUCCACGGAGCAGUGCACUCUGUCCAGGAUCGCUGUGCCUACAGUCUGAUGGAGCCUGAAGGCAGCGCCAGCUUCAACCUCACGGCCGCCUUCAGGGAGCGCCGGCGUACAGAUGUUCCUCUUCUGGACCACCUGAUCCUGUCGCUGCCAGGUGUGACCAUGUAUCUGGAGCAAGGAGGAAGAGUUCGGGUUGGUGGUGAAGCCCUGGUGCUCAACAGCACAGCUCAGCUGAUGCACGGCGUGGAGCUCUCCAAGGACCAGACUGGAGUCACUGCUAAGUUCCCGUCCUCCAACAUGACUCUCUUUUUUGAUGGCAACAGCGCACAUGUGGCAGGACUUCCUGAAGCUGUAGAGGGUUUGUGUGGCAGCCCCUCCAACUCCAGCUGGACCACCAGCCUGACUGCCGAGAAGUCCUCUGUCAGCCUCCCUGGCUGUGAGAUUCAAUCCCAGGACUCAGUCGACAGCACCAUCAACUGCAACCGCUCCACCGACCACUGUAAUCUCAUGAGGCAGCCUCCCUUCUCCGCCUGUCACGAGCACACCGACCCAGAGCCGUACAUCAGCGCCUGCACACACACUCUGUGCAGAUACCCGUCAGUGGAUGGGGUCGACUGCCACUUUUUGGAGGCUUACGCCAAGACCUGCAGCCUGGAUGCCAAAGUGACCCUGGAGGACUGGAGGUCAACUACUGGCUGCUCCCCCCCCCCUCUCUGUCAGCAGCCCUGCAGUGAUCAUGAGUUCUGUGGAGCACAGAUGUGGUCGUCGUCUCGCUGCUUCUGUCGGGCUGGGUUCGCCUCCAAGUACAGAGCCACCAAGUCUUUAGGCGAGCCGCCGGUCUGCAGGCAGGGCUCGGCCACUGUGACUCUGGCUGGAUGUCUGCUGGCUGAGAAAGGCAUCGACUUCUCCACCUUACACCUCAAAGACCCCAGCUGCAAGGGCCACAUGGACCCCCAGAGCCACCUGGUGACCUUCAGCUUCGACAGCAACACCUGCGGGACGGAGGUCAUGAAGAACGGCAGCCAGAUCGUCUACGAGAACUCCAUCGUGUUGAGCAACCGCUCAUCGGCCGGCGUCAUCACGCGCCAAGACCAACUCAAGAUCGACUUCUCCUGCUUUUACAAACAGCCGGAGGUCAAGAGUGUGCCCUUCACUAUCAGAGACAGCUCUGUGGUGCAGCACAUCGUAUCUGGAAAGUGGAGCUACACUCUGACGAUGAAAGCCUUCAGCGACGCCGGCCUCCUGCAGCCGGUCGGCCCGAAAACGGAGAUCCUGCUGAACCAGAAGGUCUGGCUGCAGCUGGACGCCAACAUGGUCGCCAUGGUGACAGACUCCUGCUGGGCAACCAAUCAGGCAUCACCUGAUGAUUCGCUGCGAUAUGACCUCAUCAUCAACGGAUGUCCGAACCCUGCUGAUGAUACGGUGCAGAUGCAGGGAAACGGACAGGGAACGUCCAGCGUGUUCUCCUUCAACAUGUUCGAGUUCUCUGGAGCAAGCAGUGAAAUCUACCUGCACUGCAAACUGGAGCUGUGCCCCACACAGGGCCAGGCCUGCACUCCGAGCUGUGGGGGGGCAGCUCGCAGGAGGCGCAGAUCUGCUAUAUACGCUGAUGGGAACGCGGCCCUCAUCACUAUGGGAUGGAGAAACUGAAGAGCUUUGCAUGCUGAUUCCUGACGGUGGAAAUGAAGGUCUUGUUGCUGUGAAACUGAGCCGGCACAUUAUCUGAGAUUAUUCCUGAGGACUCCAGUUAUUCUGAGCUUUAACUUCUUUAUGAUGUGGGGAUAAUAAUCAAAAGGGGUUAUUUUACUAUGGGGGUAGGGUUGCGGCGGAAUUGGCGGAACAUUUCCGGUACAUUUCCGGAAAGUUUCCAUGGGAAAACAAAAAACAUGACAUUUCAACAGAUUUUUUUUUUUUUUAAGUAGAACAGAACAAGUUUUAAUUAUUUUAUUGAACAAUUAUUUGUUUCAUUGAAGAACGAAAACAGGAAUGCUGAGUUAAAUAUUACUCAUCCCCACAACCCCGCUCAUUAAAAAAUGAACAAAAAUGCACCCCCCAUCCAAAAAUCCCCACAAAGUCCCAUUCAAAUUGUUAAAUGAAAAGAGCCCUUCUCCCUCCACAAGGUCCCAUUAAACAUGCAAUUCUUCCUUCAAGCAAACCUCUGCAUUUUGGCUAAAGCCUUUCAGUCAACGGGCUCUUCCUGGGCCUCAUCAACAUCACACUCUUCCUCUUCCUCUGCAAUGUCACUGUCCAGCCUUGUUGAGGAUGGCUCUGUGUCCGGCUCAAAGGGCCUUAGGUUUGCCCGAAUGCCAACCAGUUUUUCCACUCUCACAUGUGUGAGCCUGUUGCGAACCUUUGUGUGAUCUCAAUAGCCAUGCAGUAAGCAAUGUGCUAUGGCAUGGAUAUUCAAGUGUACUUGAAUGGCAUCUGUUUGUUUUAGUCAAGAUUAUGCUAAAAUAUACUUUCCCCAACUAUAUGUAAGUUCCCUAUGAAGAGCCAACCUUCCAUUUUGAAAAUUCCCAGUUUAUUCCCAUAAAUUCCCGUUAAUUCCCGUGGAAAGUUUCCAUCUUUUAAAAUUCCCGGAAUUUUGCAACCCUAUGUGGAGGAAAUAAUGAAAAGGGCUUCUUUUACUAUAUGCACUGGUAUAUA